CACCACGGCAUCUAAGCAUACUGGUGCAGGCCGCAGUUGAUUCCGCUGCAGCAAAACGCGUGCUUCAAACACUGCAAAGAAGGGCAAACAUGUCUGAUUCUUUGGAACCGCCAGCAAAGAGAGCGCGGUUGGAGGCGGACGCUCCAUACAAUGGCGCUUCAGCGCUCGACGCGCCGGGCUCGCCCAUCGAUGACAUGGACGACGACUUCUACGACACAGCACCCGUCAAUUCCGCCGUGCACUCUGUAGCUGUGCAUGGGCCGUUGUCUGUUGCUGCGGCUGCUCCUGCGCCAACAAGCUUCCAGCUUCCUGGGCUCGGUUGCAUGAACGAGACCCCUGCCCAUCCAACAUCGCAAAAGAUUACAGACACCCGUGCAAAUGAAGAAGCCUCAGAGGACGGUGAGCUCUCCGACUCAGACGCCUUUUACAACAAUGAGAACGCCGCGGAGCCCGCUGCAACUAACACGCAGCUGGCCCUGGGCGCGGCUGCACAGCACGAUGUCUCUGCACGCGAUGCUACUAUGCCCGAUGUCGACGAUGGGGAGCUCGUGACUGAGCUCGAUCGGGCUCUCGACGCCCAGACCAAAGCACAAGAUAUCGCUACCAACCAGCCUACCACUCAAGCUGGCGCUGCGACAGAAGACGAUGGCAAAGUCGAGUUUCUUCUCGCGGCAGAAGCGAACAAAGACAACAAGGAAGCCGAGUGGCAGCUGGACUCGGACGCGUCAGACUCUGAUUCGUCCUCAGACUCGAGCUCAGACUCCGACUCUGAUGAAGGCUCAGACAGCGGCGUGUUGCUUGACCCUGAGGAGCAGGUCCGCCUGUUGAUGGCGGAGGUGGCUGAUGAGCCCGCCGGCAAAGCAAAGGUCAAGACUCUGAACGAAGUCGAAGAGCAGUACGAGAAGCCAAACAUCACCGUCACACAAGACACGAAGAUCACCGAGCUUGGCAAGGUUGAGAUGAUUGUCGAGAACAUUGUGGUAAUCAAAGCCAGCCUGUCUGGAGACUUUCAGGUACUCGAGUCUGGGUCUGCGCUUUGCCUGCAGAACCGCACAGUCAUUGGCAAGAUUUCUGAGCAGAUCGGACGCGUCGAAGAGCCUAGGUAUGCCAUGGGCUUUACUGACCCUUCUGAAAUCACAACUCUAGGAAUCGCAAAAGAUACGCUUAUCUACUACGUCAACGAACACUCAACAUCCAUCUUCACAGAGCCCCUGAGAGCGCAGAAGCACACCGACGCAUCGAACCUUCACGACGAAGAGACCAACGAGGUCGAGUUCUCAGACGAUGAGAAGGAGGCAGAGUUUAAGCGAGACCAGAAGGCUAUGAAGAGGGCAAAGAUGGAAGCCACUCGCGAUCCACAAUCGCAGUCGCAGUCACAGCCGCAGGAAAUCCCCCAACAACCAAAGGCACACUAUGAUGCUCCCGCCAUCUAUCGAACCACCGAGUACCAGGGAGGCGGUCUCAAAUACAGUGACGAUGAAGACGAGGACUUGGGCAUGUACAAGCCUCUCGCCAGGCCAGACCACUUCGAACAGAUUGUGGGGCAAGGAGCGCCGCUCGAGGAUCGCAGUCACGUACGUAGAGGAAGAGGUGGUUGGGGUGACCGCGGUCGUGGUUUCCGUGGAAGAGGGGAUUUCGGUGGUGGACGAGGCAACUUUGGAGGUGGGCGGGGCGAUAGAGGAGGAUAUGGGGGUGCACGAGGCGACCACGGCAACAAUCGAGGCGACAGAGGAGGCUUUGGUGGCGGUCGAGGUGAUCGGGGAGGGCGGGGUGGUCGCGGCGACCGAGGUGGCGACAGGGGCGGACGUGUCUUCAGGGGCCAGUCGGACAGAGGAAGACCUAACGACCGACACUUCGAUCGCCAACAACACGACAACGGGCAAAGGAAUGGGUCCGCUACGUCUGCAUCGCCUGCUCGGCAGCAAGAUCGCGGGCAGUCUCAGCACUCGCAGCCGGCGCAAGCUUCUCCUCGUGGCGGUGGCAAGAACAAGGGUCGGAAGCAGAAGUUGAAAGAGAAGAGGGAGCGAGAACGAGAGCAGAACCAACAGAACCAGCAGAAUCAGCAAGGUCAACAGGGACAGCAGGGACAGCAGGGACAGCAGCACGCCUCUCCUGCACCUCCCGCGGCGUCAAAUGCUAACUCUUAUGCCAACAACAACGCUGGCUGGCCUGCCACAUUCCCAGGUCCCUCUGGGCCAGGUGCCACUCAGCCUGUAGCUCCUCCACCCCCACCGGCGGCGGCAGCACCGUACGCGAAUCCGUACUAUGCCCAGCAAAACGCAGCGCCAGUUCCACAACCGCAACAGCAGCCGCAGCAAUCGCAGCAACCGUCACAGGCAAACUGGGCAGCAUGGGCUCAAUGGUUUCAAGUUGUUGGAGCAAUGAGCCAGCAACCGCAACAGCAGCAGCAGGCGCAUGUCCAGCCACAAGCGCAAGUGCAAGCAGCACCCCCACCCCCACCGCAGCUCCAGCAGCAGCCUCAAGCCCAGUAUGCGUACCCGUAUCAGUACCAGCAGAACGCGGCACCGGCAGCCAACCCACCGCAACAGAAUGCUCAGGGUGGAGGCCAGUCGCUGCAGGACAUUCUCCGGGCACUGGGGGGUGGCGGUGCGGGGCAGUGAGAUUGAUGGGUGAUGAUGUAUGUGCAUUUGUAUAAUUACAUAGCUUCGCGUACUGUUUCCGUCGCAGUACGAGAUGCUUUUUUUCUCUCUUGUUGAGCUAUCGUGGUACCUUUCUGCGCACAUGAUGUUCGCGCUCUGUGGACCCUCCCAAGUCAUCAGGCGAGGAGGGGGAGUGUGUGACAACCAGACAGGCAGGCAGAGCACUGGGUAGCUAAAACGGAGUUAUGGAGCAUGGAAUAUGGGGGCACGUGGAGUAGGUAUAAACAUAAAGGCAGGUAGGUUACUUUGUAGAUGCCAAUUCCUUGUGUGGGAUUUUAGCAAUAUGCAUGGAUUCGUUCUCCUUUUUCUCCCGAGGCGUUUCAUUCGUCCGGUUGGGUGGCCUGCAGGCAGGUGUGCCAC